AUGGUAGUGUACGACCACUCUGAAAUUGACUUCAGACGUCCUGUGUUGUUCAUUGUUGACAAAGUACUGUUGGCUUUGCAGCAAUUCAAUUAUAUUCAAAAUGAGUUGAAAGAUCAGAAAUUUUCCAGAUUUGAUACAACAAAUAUUGAAAAUAUUAUUGAAAGGAACCUAAAGAUAAUUUGUGUCUAUGGUGGUCAUCCUGGGUCUGCUAAGGAACCUUUAUCAAUGCAUGAUGUUAUUAUCAGUACAGCAGUAUACUGUGAUCUUCGAAUGAAAGAAAAUGUCUUAAGAUGGAAGGAUUUCAGUCUUGUGGUUAUUGAUGAAGUCCACCAUUCAGACAAAGAACAUCCAUUCAGAAAACUUUUGAAGGAAGAGCACCAUACUUUAGAAGAGACAGAUUGUCCCCAAUUACUAGGACUAACUGCCUCACCUGCUGGGAAGGAAACUAUUCCAAAAACUAUUACGAUGCUUCAAACGUUGGUAACUAAUUUAAACAAUUCGAAAAUUAACAUUGUGAAAGAGGAAGUAAAAGAGCUAAUGAAGUAUAAAUCUUCUGCUCAGUUAAAAAUCUGCACUGUUCCUUUCCAAGAUGCUGAGUUACCAUAUAUAGCUGAGUUUAAAAAAUAUCUUUUAGAAUGUUUGAAAGUUCUUGUGGACUAUUUUGAUCUUUCACAAUACAUAAUACCAUCAUCUGAGGAUUUAAUUGACAAAAGCUUUCUGAAUGAAAUUGAGGAAAGAUUAAGGUCUGUAACCAUCAUUGGAGAAAUGGAAAAAGGGACAAUCUUAAUUAAUCACACUAAAGAAAUUGUUUCCCUUAUUAUAGAUGCUCUCGAUGGAGGAAUUUCUUGUAUAGUUGAAGAACUAAAAUUUCUUUCUGAUCCUUCAAAUAUGAAAUAUUCAUUUACACUUGCUUCUGGAACUGGUCUUUGUUGUGAUAACAUCAGAUCAGUAGUUAACACAAUUGUAGUGAGCUAUAAUAUCCCUAUUUCAGCACAGUUUAACUAUCUUGUAAAAACUAUUGGUGAAUACAUAACUGAUGAUCGUGAUAUUCUAUCUGGACUCAUAUUAGUAAUGGUGAAGAGAAGGAGAACUGCUGUUGAACUUUGCAAGAUGAUGAAGACUUCACCAUUGGUUAAUGAGAAACUCUCUGUUGUUAGUAUCACUGGUCAUGGUGGUGGUGGUGGUGAUGGAAUGAAAGUAAGUUCACAGAGGAAGGUAUUUCAGGAAAUAAAAGAAGGUAAACAUCAAAUUAUUAUUACGACUUCUGUAGCUGAAGAAGGUGUUGAUUUACCAAAGUGCUCUCUAGUGAUAACACUGAAUCCACCAACUUCAGUUAUAACUCUGGUGCAAAUGCGAGGCCGAGCACGGAAAAACAAUAGCAUAUUUUUGGUUGUCUGUGAAAAUACGAAGAAUGAAGAAAACAUUAGGAAUCUGUUAAGUGCUGAAAGAAUAAUGGAAGAUGCUACAGAGUAUAUGUGUAAUAAGGAAAGGUCACCCUAGAUAUUCUAAUGUGAUUUAAUUGAAAAAAAAUGUUCUAUUCUUAUUAAAUCUAUUUUCCUUCAUUCUUAGUUAUUUUAUAUAUUUUUCAAAUAUUUUCAGCAUUUCACACAUAUACACACACAUUCAUCAAUAUUUAAAAGAGGAUGGUUUCUGUUUUACAUGCUAAAUAUAACAUUUUCAGACAGAGUUUUUAGAAAUAAAACAUGGGAUAACUUUGGGGAUCAAGUGAUCUAAUUUUGUGAGAAAUGAAGUUGUUCAAGGUAUAAUGAAAAUUGGUCAAACAAAAUGUUGGGUCAAGCUCAAAGAGCCUUAACUAUAACUCUGUAAACCUCACUGCGCAUUAGAAAAACUGAUAUUUUACCAUUUUUUGAUUUCCAUUAACUUCCUUAAACUUGGUUAAAAUUGCAUAUACUUUUAUGUUAAAAUAUUCAUUUAUUUUCAUGUAAGUUUUAUAGCAUAAUAAUUAAUUAUUAUAAUGAUAAUAAAAUAUUUUUAACCUUA